CACUGAUGGCACUCAUUGAUGACGACGCAGAAAACUAUUGCCAGGUUGUUUAACUUCUUAUUAUUCCCCAUCAAGGUGGAUGAGGCCGAGAACCUUCCAGUGGCCGAGCCAUUCCACAUCUUCACGGACCCCUCGUCUGGCUCCUCCUCUUCUUCCUCCGCAAUGCCUUUUAGGGACGGCAGACCCAGCCCCAACCCACUGAAGGACGACGUUUUCUUGCGUCCGGGAGAGCAGUUGCCCGCUUUAAAGAUGACCCUGCGGUCUUCGGGCUCUGGAGCGAGGCUUCUGUCCCUGACGGAGACGGUGGUGGGCACGGUCCAGAACAAGACGCUGUGCUCCAGCCCCGACAACACGCAGGACUUUGCCGGCUCGGCGCACCUGGUGUCCACGCCCUACGUCAGGAGAGCGCCGCCCUCUGAAGCUGACCACCAGGGGGUGCUGCGCCGGAGGCAGGCUGCUGCGCCCCUUCCCCCCCAGCCCGAGGAGUCCCCCACCAUAAAGCUGAGUCCCAUCAAGGAGGCCAGCCUGGAGUACCACACCACGCUGUCCAACGCGGGGGGAGCCUCCACCCUGGGUGGCUCGUCCACCGACGACCCCCUUACCCCGCAGACUGGUGAGGGGCCCCUGCCCGGGGACCCCUGCAGCGGGGAGACGAGGCGGCGUCUCCUGGACCGGGCGGAGGUCAGCUCCUUCCCGGGCUACCACACGGUGGAGGCCCCCCUGCCCCCCGUGGACAAGGACGCCCACCUCUCCCUCGGCGGCGCGGAGGUCUCCCUCUACACCAAGGUCCAGGAGGCGGAGGGGUUCUCCCUGUUCGGGGGCUUCAGCCAAGGGAGCCGCGUGCUGCUGAAGGUGGAGAGGAGCCUGUUGCCGUGGGACUUCUACGUGCUGUCCCAGCUGCGCAGGAGGCUGUCCCCGGAGGAUUCGGCCGCCCUGCCGAGCGCACGCUGCUUCCUGUUCCAGGACGCAUGCGUCACCCUCUAUACAGUCCCCAGUUGCCAGAAGCUGUCCGCGCGGCUGAGGCUGUUACCGCCGGGCUGGGUGUCCACUGAGGUGACUGGUUUGCUCCUGAUGAUGCGAACCUUCCACUCCUCCUCUCUCCUCCUGGGAGCGCUGCACACGGACUCUCUGCUCAUCACCCACGGCGACUCCCUGGUGUCUGUGGACCUGCUCUCCUCCCUGGACCUGGAGCUCCAGACGGACCUGACCUCCGCCGCCCAGGUCCCCGCCGCCCUCGACUACAUCCAGCUGGGGCUCCUGAAGCCCACCGACUCCCCGUACCAGGUGGACCUGGUGUGUCUGGCCGAGGCGGUUCAUCUCCUGCUGACCAAGAGGAAGAUGACGGUGGUGAAGGAGAAGGACGGCUGGAUGGUGGAGAAGCUGGGACGCAACGCCAGCAGGUUGGGCAGGAUGUCGGCGUGGAGGAAGGCGUUCCAUCUGCUGCUGAACUCGUCCGGACACUCCUCCGUCUCUGUGCUGUCCCAGCUGAUUGACCUGGUCGCCACCGCUCCUUAUUAUAGUUACCGUGACGAUCCGGGGGUUACUAUGACGAUCUGAUGCUGAUCUGAUUUUUGUGGUUCUUGUUUGUCAAACUUGGUUCAUAUUUUUGUUGUCGGUUUCUCAUGUUUAAAUGUGUAUAUACCCCCCCUCCCCCCGCAUUGAAACGUUUACUUACAAUAGGGUUUGUCUGCCAUGAAUCUGUUUCCAGCUUCGAAACACGUAUGAUAAAAAUUGAAAACACAAAAUUUAUAAAGUAGAUGCAUGUAUAUUGUAAAUAUGUAUUAAAAUAUGUAGUUGCUAAAGUA